AAGGAACACUUUUUGAUUUAUUGCAUAGAAAAAAAACAUUUAGAAAUUAGUUGUUAAUUAAGAGUUAAAAUAGCAAUAAAAAUAGCAGAAGGUAUGGAACAUUUACAUAAAUUAAAUCCUCCAUUAAUACAUAGAGAUCUUAAGAGCUUAAAGUAAUUUUAUCUAACUUAUUAAAUAGUUUAUUACUUUAAUACACUUAUGAUUAAAAUAGGAUAAAUAUCAAAAUUGCAGAUUUUGAAUUAGCUCAAGUGCAAGCAGAUAAUGGAGAAUAAUUGACAGGUGUCUUUGGAACCUUUGUAUAUUAUUUAUUUUACUGUAGCUUUGGAUGGCUCCAGAAGUGUUUUAAAAUGUUCCUUAUAUGAUAAAAGCUGAUGUUUAUUCAUAUGCAGUAAAAUAAACAGUUCUAUGAAAUUUAGAUAGUUUUAUGGGAAAUAUGUAGUUGAGAAACUCCAUAUAAACAAUUAUCCACUAAUUCACCUGCAA